UACAGGACGUCGUGACAUGCUGCAAUGUUGCUGACUACGGUGUUAUUCCCCCUUGUCUCCUCAUCAUUAGGCUGGUUGGUCGGAAUGAAUGGCUAGGGUGGUUUAGCAGAAAAAAGAGCCUCGGACUUUGUGUUGUCAUCUGCAAGAACUGUUUCCAUGAAGCGUACCUCGCUAUGUUUAAGGUGCCUACAGAUAAGUGACUCCCGGGAUCGGUUGUCAAGGUUCAACUGGGGAAGCACUGCAUGGCGAAUAGCCGGCGCCUUUAAGUUGACCGAAGAAACGAAAUAAGAAGCAUGUCGAAGCAGGAACGCCUGAACUACACAACCUAUCUGAAGCUCACCGACCUCCUGCAGUGCCAGGAGCUGUGUAGCGAGAAGGCAGGAGCCGCCAUCCACGAUGAGCACCUGUUCAUCAUUACCCAUCAAGCGUACGAGUUGUGGUUCAAGCAGAUGCUGUACGAGAUCGACUCGGUCCGGGAGGUCUUCAAUACUAAGCAAAUGGAUGAGAGCAAGACACUCCUUGUUCUCAGUCGCCUCAACCGUGUUGUCCUCAUCCUCAAGCUGCUGGUUGACCAGUUCCAAAUCCUUGAGACGAUGACCCCACUAGACUUCAUUGAGUUCAGGACACACCUAGCAACAGCAUCCGGGUUCCAGAGUCUUCAGUUCCGGUUGAUCGAAAAUAAGCUGGGCGUCAAGGAAGACACCCGCAUCAAGUACAACCAGCAGCAUUACAUGAAGGUGUUCAACGACCCCAAGUCUAUCCGGCAACUCCAGGAUUCGCUGGAGUCCCCAUCAUUACUGGCACUGGUGGAGCGUUGGCUGGAGAGAACCCCCGGCUUGGGGGAGCGAACUUUCAACUUUUGGAACGUCUUCCAACAAGCUGUGUCCCGGUGGCUGGAGGAUACCAUCAUGACCCCAGCUGAGGAAGAAGUAAAUCCGCUGCAGAAGGAGACCAUGAUGCAGGAAUACCAGAAACAAAAGGACUCCUUUCAGUCAAUAUUUGAUGAAUCUGUUUACAACGGUCACAGAGAAAGAGGUGAACGUCGUUUAAGCCACAAAGCCUUCCAAGGGGCGCUGUUCAUCUCCCUCUACAGAGACGAGCCUAGGUUCAACCAGCCCUAUAAACUCAUCACGCUGUUAAUGGACAUCGACUCUCUCAUGACGAAAUGGAGAUAUAAUCAUGUGAUGAUGGUUCAGCGUAUGAUCGGCAGCAAGGUCGGCACCGGAGGGUCCUCGGGGUAUCAGUACUUGCGAUCCACAAUAAGUGACAGAUACAAGGUUUUCCUGGACCUGUUCAACCUCUCCACAUACCUAGUGCCUAGAGCAUACAUUCCAAGAUUGAGCAGUCGGUUGAAGCGGCGAUUGAGCGUGCUCUCAACCGACCAAUUGAUGGACGACAUUCAUGGAGACGAGAACGAGACAGCCAAUGGCGAGAGAGACUCUGAAUCGGCAGAUGAACGGACACUUGUAGACGGAGUUGUUAGUUUCUCGAUUGGAGACUGAAGACAGUGCGACUGAUUUGGUAUACUGCCAAAUAUUCCAUGUGUAUACUGCCAAAUAUUUAAUAUGUAUACUGUCAAAUAUUUCAGGUGUAUAUGCCCAAUAUUAUAUUUUACGCUGCCAAAAAUGUCACUUAUGUACUGUCAAAUAUUUCAUGUUUUUACUGCCAAAUAUUUCAUGUGUAUAUUGCCAAAUAUUUCAUGUGUAUACUGUCAAAUAUUUCAUGUGCAUAUGGCCAAAUAUUCCAUGUGUAUAUUGUCAAAUAUUUCAUGUGUAUAUGGCCAAAUAUUUUAUGGGUAUACUGCCAAAUAUUUCAUUUGUAUGCUGCCAAAUAUCAAAUGUGUAAAUGGCCAAAUAUUCCAUGUCUAUACUGCCAAGUAUUAUGUUCGUUGACAAUAUAAACAGCCUCGUUACACGAAGCAUUUUAGCGCUGUGACUGUCAUUACGUUUGUGGUGGGAAGGGGAAUAUCUGUUACAGACUGCUGAGAAACAAACACUCUCUUUUCUCUGGGGAAGAGCAGAAAAAUGUUUCGUUCACAUGUCAUAUUUCUUUGUGGUAAUGCAUGAUCCAAAAUAUUUGUAGAGGGGACACUAUACACAAAUUAACAUCAUUCCGUAACUAUUAUUCGUUCAUCCGGAUAACUGGAAACCCGGAAGAUUUCUUUGCAUGGUCCUGUCCAGUUUAAUGUGGUUGAACUGUAUAUACCGAUCCAAUGAAAACAUGUUGAUUUUUGUUCAGACCUUUUUUCAGUAUAUAUGUAUAAAGUACACAUAUAUUAAUAUACAUUGUACUUAGCAUAACGCUUUCAUGGCACGAUUGCAAACGUUUUCUGAAUAAUUCCAAACCAUAUGAAAGUAACUGUACUUGCAUGAUUAUAAGCCCAACUGCACUAAGCGAAGUUAUAUGAGGCUGUGGUCAAGUACACGACACGAUCCCUGUUGACUGAAUAAAUGUGGUUUAUAUCAACUUAGACCU